AUGGGAAGUAAAUAUUAUAAAUAUAAAAGAUAUCAAAAAAAAGAUGAAUCAAUUGAUUAUAAUUAUACUCGAAUUUUAAUUGCAAUUGGUUUAUUAAUUUGGAUAUUAAAUUUAUUUGGUUUUAAAUCAUUUAUUCAAGGAGUUAUUAACUUUGUUUUAAAUUUAUUUAUAAUUGUAAUUAAGUAUUUAUACAAUUUGGCAACCAAAAAUGACUUAGAACCUGCAAUUGAUAAUAAAUCAAUUAAUUGUCCAUUAACAGAAGAAUUGAUUACUACAACAAUAUCUAAAAAAGUAACUAAUUCAUCAAUAAAUAUUACUUGGUCAGAAUAUUAUUAUAUUGAACUGAUUGAAUUAAAUGAUCAAAUUCCAUAUUGGAUUAGAAUUUUAUUUAAACAAUUUUUUGGAAUUAGAAAAAUUUAUACUGGAUUCCAUAAUUUUAUUACUUAUUGGUCAUUUCCAAUUUUUAUUAUUGUCAUUUUCAUAUUAUGUAGAUUUGUUUAUUUUGGUAUCACUAGCUUAAGUAACGAAACGAAAGAAACCAAUAGUACAGUAGUUAAAGAUAAUGAAACGAUAGAAACCAAAAGUACAGAAGACAAUGAAACGAACGAUGCCAAUAGUACAGCAAUGAAAGAGAAUGAGACAGAAAGAACUAAUAGUACAGAAUUCAAAGAAGAUGGUCUCAAUUUGGCAACAGUAUUAAAUGAAGACAAUGAUAUUGAUAUAUCAAAAUCUUCAAAUAAAGUAACCGAUUUAACCAGCCAAAGUGACGACAAUUUGGAUAGUCCAUUAACUGAUGAUGAAUAUUUAAGUUUGAAAGAAUAUUAUUCUAAUUAUAAAGUUCUGGCACGAUUAAAAAAGGAUAGAUAUGCCUCGUCAUAUCCUAUAAUUCGGCUAUUUUGUUUUGAUAUUUACAGAGAUUUUAAAUUAAUGGCACAAUACGAAGAUUCAAUUCAAGAUCAAAUUGAUGAAAAAUUUGAAUUGAUUUAA